UAGCAGCUUCUGAUUUUGCUAUGUGGGUAUUUGGAUAUGGUUCUUUAGUCUGGAAAGUGGAUUUUCCUUUCGAGCGGAAAGAAAUUGGUUACAUAAAGGGCUAUGAAAGAAGAUUUUAUCAGCAUAGUACAGAUCAUCGUGGAACAGUAAAUAACCCGGGUAGGGUGGUUACUUUAAUUCCUAGUGAUAAUCCGGAGUCUAAAGUAUUUGGUGUAGCAUAUAAGAUCAAAGAGGAGGAUAUUGAUUAUGUAGUCAAUCAUUUGGACUACAGAGAAAAAGGUGGAUACGAAAGGGUUUCAGUUUUAUUCUAUCCAAGGAAUAACGAAAGUUUUCCAUUCAGUAUAAUAAUAUAUUUAGCCAAUCAUGAAAAUCCUCAUUUUGCUGGAUAUGCUGAUAUCAAAGACAUAGCGAAACAAGUAGUUAAGUGCUCUGGUCCAAGCGGAGCAAAUAUUGACUAUGUUUUGAACUUAGCGAAUUCCAUGAGGAAAAUAGCACCUGAAGAGGAGGACUCACAUUUAUUUGAUCUUGAGAAAGCUGUAUUGGCACUUGCAAACAGUUGAUUGGAAUUUUAACUGUUUUCAUCUCAUGAAAGUUGAUUAAUGUAGAAGAAAUACAUAUAUUCCAGAAAUUAUACAAUGCUGAAAGAUGCAUAUGGAUACACUACAAUAAAAGAUAAAAGCUGGUUAAAAAUCCACUUGCUCUACCAGCAACCACAUCUAAGAUUCAGGGGUCAAUUAAAAGGGAUUAUUCACAACUCAUUAUGAAACCAUGCUAAGUUGAUUCAGCAAACAAGAACACCAAACUGGAUAACAUGAACUAUGAACAAUCAAGAUCAUUUUAGCUUCCAAAAUUCAUCAGGAUGACAAGACUACAUCCACGAGAUAAAAAUUCUCUAUCUCAACAUGAAACAACUUAUGAUGGAAAAUUUGUAAUAGCGAUUAUUGAAUUUCUUGUUAUUAACAGAAGAAGGUUUUCUUUUCAGAGACACUAUACACAAAAAUUUGUCAGGUUUGAUGAAAAUGACCCAAUAAAUAUGUGCAUGUGAUCUCUAA